AUGUAUGGUUUGCAUACAGUUGAUACUAAGAGGCCUUUGUGGAAUGAUGUUGCAAAUCUUGGUUCAACAAUUACUAUUUCCUGGCUGUUUAUGGGUGAUUUUAACUAUAUUCUACUAUCUGGUGAUAGGGAGAAUGAUAACCUUGUCAUAGAUGCAAAGACUAGAGACUUUGAUGAAUGUUUGGAUAGAGCUUCUUUAAUUGAACUGAAAAGUUGUGGUCAUUACUUCUCUUGGAGUAACAAAGGACAAGGGGACCUGAGAGUUGUUUCUAGAAUUGAUAGAGCUCUUGGUAAUGCACUUUGGCAUUCUGGCUUCACUAAUGAUCUUGUGGAUUACCUUAACCCAGGGUUAUCUAAUCAUUCUCCUUUGUUGAUGACUUGUAAUGUGAAUCUAAAGAGUGCGAGUAGGCCUUUUAAAUUUUUUAAUCACAUGGCAGACCAUGCUAGUUUUCUUCAGAAGUUUUUGCAUGUUCAUGAGUCUACUUAUAGGAAAAAAUCUAGAAUUCAAUGGCCCCAAGGUGGUGAUUCAAAUUCUAAGUUCUUUUUCAGUGCUAUGAAAGAGAGAUAUGCCAGAAAUAGUAUUGAUGUCUUGUAUGACAAUUCAGGAAGGAAAUUGUCCACAACUCAUGAGAUUCAAGGAAAUAUUAGUGCAUUUUAUAGAGGGUUGAUUGGUACUGAUGUUGAGAGAUUAACUGGUAUUAAUGUAACUGUAGUUAGAAAUAGAAAGAAACUAUCUCCUACUGUUGAAGAGACUUGGGUACAACAUGUCACUUUGGAAGAAAUUAAUGCUGCUCUUAAGUCCAUUGACAUAAACAAGGACCUUGGGCUAGAUGGUUUUAAUAGUUUAUUCUUUCAGAAGGCCUGGAGGGUUGUGAAGGAAGAUGUGUAUGAGGUCAACAACACUGUUGUUACUCUUGUUCCUAAAAUUCCAAAUGCUACUAGUGUUAAGGACUUUAGACCAAUUGCUUGUUGUUCAGUAGUUUACAAGCUUAUCUCAAAGAUUCUUACUUCAAGAAUGCAGAAUGUGAUUGGUGAUUUUGUUAAUUGCUCACAAGCAAUGUUGUUUGAGUUGGGUUUUCCAGUUAAGCUUGUUGGGUGGGUUAUGCAGUGUCUGAGUUUAGUGUCUUAUUCCAUUUUGAUCAAUGGUUUACCUACUAAGCCUAUUCCUGCUAAGAAAGGGCUCAGGCAAGGAGACCCAAUGUCUCCUUACCUUUUUGUUGUGGGAAUAGAAUACCUGUCUAGAUGCUUAUCUACUCUUUCUAACAAUCUAGAGUUUAAGUAUCAUCGCAGAUGCAAAAGGGUAGAUCUUACCCAUAUGAUGUUUGCAUAUAAUUUAUUGUUGUUUGCUAGAGCUGAUGAUUCUUCUGUGACUGUAUGCUUUGAUGCAUAUUUAAAGUUUUCCCAUGCUUCUGGUUUGGAAGCAAAGAGUGAGUUUUACCUAGUAGGGGUGCCCAUUGCAGUAGCUGAUGGUAUUGAGGAGGGGUUGGGGAUUACUAAGGUUACUUUCCCAAUCAAGUUACUUAAAUGGAAUUUGCCCAUUGUUAGUACUUGUGGAUUGUGUCAGCUUCAUGAUGAAGAUCUACCUCAUCUUUUCUUUGCUUGUCAGUAUUCUUCUGAGAUUUGGAAGACUGUGUUGCAACAUCUUAGUAUUCACAGGCGGAUUCAGAGUUGGCAAGAGGAGGUUCAAUGGGCAGUCAAGAAGAGUAGAAGCUCCAGGAAGGCUGAUGUCAGUAUUGGCAUGGCUUUUAUUGAAAUUGUUUAUGUCAUUUGGUUUCGAAGGAAUUCUCAAGUGUUCUCUAGUAAGAUAGAACUUGUUAGUGUUGUUGCUAGCAGAAUCAUAUUUUGUGUAGCUUGUAGAUGUCAGUGA